AGAAACAAUAAUGGCCGCCACACGCCAACGAUGACCAUUCCAAAAAGAAGUCUGACCACGGCGUCGUUUCCACUCUCUCAAACUAUUGUGAACGUCUCAUAAAUUUUCUAAAUGCUCUUUAUUGCCACCUAACUCCAUUGAUUCCUUUCUUUGUUCUCAUUCUUUUCAUUUUUCUCUCAAAGUCCAAUACCCUCAUUUUUUUUUCCAUUUUUUUUUGCUCUUCUUGAUCCUGUUCUAUCUGCCGAAAGAGGUUAUCUGAAAUGAAUUUUAACUUUAGAAGCUUAAAUGAGGAUUCUGCAACUUCCCAAAUGGAAAUCCUUAGAUGUCCAUUUUUGAGCAACAUUAAUGAGCCGACUAACUUUUCGUUCUCGUCGGCUUUGCCCUUUCCCUUGCCGGUACGAGGAGCCAAAGGCCCGAUUUUUGAAGAUGGGCCCAAUUUUGACGUGGCGUUCAGGCUUUUUCAUGGUCAGGAUGGAGUAGUUCCACUGUCGGAACGAUCUUCCUUGCAUGUUAAGAAAGCAGAGCCUGAAACAGCCCCACCCGAGUUCAAUCCUUUGGCUGCGAAGGCAGCCACCAUUAGUCUCUCAUCAUUUGGAUUAGGAGGGCCUUUCAGUUUCUACGCGUUCUCUAAUAAGUGGAAGAAUCAAAAUGGAAAAUCAAAACCAUCAAAGAAAGAAUCUUCUUCAAAGGGCAGAAAUUCCAAUCACGAAGCAUCGGGCAAUGAAUGGCUGCAAAAUGGUAACUGUCCAAUAGCAAAAUCAUAUAGGGCAGUCACGGGUGUUUUGCCACUUGUUGCUAAAGUUUUUCAGCCACCUCCAGGAAUGAAAUUCAAGUGCCCGCCUGCAGUGGUAGCAGCCCGGGCAGCACUGGCAAAAACUGCUUUUGCCAAGAGCCUCCGCCCUCAAUCCUUGCCCACCAAAGUAAUGGUGAUAGGGAUGUUAGGCAUGGCGGCAAAUGUUCCGUUGGGGAUAUGGAGAGAGCAUACCAAAAAGUUCUCACCAUCUUGGUUUGUGGCUGUCCAUGCGGCUGUUCCAUUCAUAGCCAUGCUCCGGAAAUCUGUUUUGAUGCCAAAGACAGCUAUGGCUUUCACAAUUGCAGCAUCCAUAUUAGGACAGGUUAUCGGCUCUAGGGCUGAACGGUAUCGAUUGAGAGCAGUAGCAGCAAAACAAUUACAUAUCAGGGAAUCCUCUGUUUCUGUUGGUGCUGCAAAUCAUUUGGAUGUCGUCGGUUUUAAGGAUGGUUAUUGCAGGAAAGACGAAUGGAAUCCAGUUUCUCUUCAGGUGGCAACACCUUCUUCAUCAACAGACAUGUUCUGCUAAUCAUUUUCUCCCCCAAUUGUAUGUUGAUCUUUACAUGUUUUGAAGUGUUUCUUUAUUUGUACCAGACACUUUUAAUGCAUAUUUCGCUCUUGAAAGAUUGACUUGAUAAACAUAUACAA